AUGUAUCUAACAACAGACCUAUCUAAAAUUAAUUUAGGUCAAAUAAAAAAAAAUCCUUUUCAACCUGGUUCAAGUACGGUUGAUUGGUGCGAACCAAAUUAUGUUGUUAGUGAAUAUAUUGCUGAAUUUUGGAAUACAGUAUCCAAUAUAUUCUUUUUCUUGAUACCACCAAUAAUGAUUUAUCUUUUCCGGCCAUAUUCAAAACGUGUAGCUAAUGGAAUAGCAAUACUUUGGAUUUUAUUGAUUGUGAUUGGAAUUGGUUCGGUUUAUUUUCAUGCAACACUUAGUCUUGUUGGACAAUUAGUUGAUGAAAUAUCAAUUUUAUGGGUUAUUACAGCUGGUUAUGCAUUGUUUUUACCAGAUGUUUAUCUACCACAAUCAUUUCGUGUUCAACGGCAUCGGUUUGUGUACAGUUGUAUUGUCUUCGCAAUUAUUAUAACUGGCUUGUCAUUUGUUUAUCCAUAUGCAAAUGCAUUUGCUCUAAUGAUUCUUUGUUUUCCAACUAUUAGUUUUAUUGUUAUUCAUCUUAGACGAAGUGACAAUGCACGUAUAAAACGUCUUGGCCUUCAUUGUUUUUGUUUAUGGGCUAUUGCAGUUACAAUAUGGAUAUGUGAUCGAAUGUUAUGUCCAUUAUGGUUAUCAAUAUCAUUUCCUUAUUUACAUGCAUUUUGGCAUGUAUUAAUAUUUUUCAGUAGUAAUGAGGGUAUUGUUAUUUGUGGGUAUUUAACAAUAAAACAACAAAAUCCUCAAGCAAAUCUUCAUUUACAUUUUUGGCCUAAUGAACAGUCGAAUUGGUUUACAUUACCAUAUUUAAAAUUUCAUGAUGACAGUGAUGAUGAUGACAGUGAUAAUAUAUCAACAAAAUCAAUUAUUUAA